AUGAGUUCCAACCUUGUAUCGUCUUUGGCGAAGGUUUAUGACCCUAGACCACUGCAUGCUCAGAAACAUGCCAGUGGGAACAAUGGCGGCAAAUCAGGGACCAGAAGAGGUUCGCUUACUGCCCAGGACAAAUCGUCCACUGCUCUCCAGCGACAGCCUGGGGACAAACCUUCGGGCUCCCGUUCUCCGUCAUCCCUCGUUGUGAUUGAGCGGCGUGUCGAUGCUCUCUGUGGGCAGAUGGACAAACUCAUCACCCUCCAAGAGACAGCUCUGAAACGUCUGGACGUCAUUGGCCGAGAGAAGGGCUCGACCGCGGGCGGGCGGGGCGUAGAGGAGGUGAUGAGAGACAUGCGUGUUGCCAUGGAGACGCUGAGCGAGAAAACAGAGCAACAGAUAGGGAGGUUGGAUACUCUGGAGCGAUUAGUGGGUGGGCUUCAGGAGUUUGUCAGUUAUAUUGCAGAAACACUCAAGCACUCCAGACUGCCUGAACUGCUUAAAAGCACACACACACAGUCCAACAAGAGGCUGAAAGGACGAGAUGGAAAGGACAAGUCCAAACCGAAUCUGAAAAGUGUAAAAACUCAGAAAAAGAAGAAACCUCCAGAUACAGCAGAGUGUGUCCAGGCCAUAGUCCUGGAGGAGGUGGAGAGGCUUAAUCAGCAGAAUGUCCAGUGUUCUCAGACUGAUGUGGAGAGUGUAACUCCAACAGCAGAACUCCUGGAUCUCCGAGAAGAGGAGACAGCGAAGGAGACAAAGCAAGAGGAAGAUAAAGAGGUCGUGGUAGAAGAGGAGCAGGUGAAGCAUGAAAACGAGGAGAAGGAGAGACCUAUCUCUCCUGAAUCAGUUGGAGAGGAGGAAACGCCAGAGAAAGAGGGUGGAGUACAAGAACAGGUUCUACGAAAGGAGCAAGAUAAAAUAUUUCGUGAAGAAGAUUCACGUCAGUUAGAAGAGAGUUUGUCUUCUGAACAAGACUUAUUCACCCAAACCAGUCAGGCCUGCAGCAGUGACUCAGCUGACCCGAGAAGUGCUGAGGAGCUGGUGGAUGUGACACUGACCUCUAAGAGAAGGGUGACACAGGAAGACGUUCUGAAAGAUGACCUGAAAAAGAGCAGAGUGGAGGAGAGCACAGAAGAGCUGGACAGGACAGAGGAGGUGGAAGGGGCAGGAGUCCAGGCUGCUGAAGGAGCUCUACCGAAACCAGAAGAGGAAGGAGGAGAGGAGGAGAAAACAGAAGCUGAGUCAGUAAUUGAAGAAUAUUUUAUUGAUUGCUCUCCCCCUCCACCUGCUCCAUUUGAUCACCGUGUUGUGGUAACUAAAACCCAGCAGAUUACAAGCUAUUACACCAUCAACAGGGAGGAGGUCCUUGGAGGAGGCCGUUUUGGAAUGGUCCAUAAGUGUGUGGAGAAAUCCUCCGGCCUCACACUGGCUGCUAAAAUCAUAAAGGCCCGCAGUCAGAAGGAGAAGGAGGUGGUGAAGAGUGAGAUUGAGGUGAUGAAUCAGCUGAACCACUCUAAUCUAAUCCAGCUCUACGCCGCGUUUGAGUCUCGUUAUGACAUCACACUCAUCAUGGAGUAUGUUGAUGGAGGGGAGCUGUUUGAUCGUAUCAUUGAUGAGAACUACACGCUGACAGAGUUGGACACCGUGCUGUUUAUACGGCAGAUUGCUGAAGGCCUGCAGUACAUGCAUAAGAUGUAUAUACUGCACCUUGAUCUCAAGCCAGAAAACAUAUUGUGUGUGAGUCGAGAGACGAACAAGGUGAAGAUUAUUGACUUUGGGCUGGCCAGGAGGUAUAAACCCAGAGAGAAGCUGAGGGUGAAUUUUGGCACACCAGAAUUUCUGGCUCCAGAAGUUAUCAAUUAUGAAUUUGUCUCAUUCCCCACGGAUAUGUGGAGUUUGGGAGUCAUAACGUACAUGCUGUUAAGCGGUCUGUCUCCGUUUCUGGGUGACGAUGAUAAUGAGACUCUAAAUAACAUCCUGGCCUGUCAGUGGAGCUUUGAGGAAGCUGAGUUUGCUGACAUCUCAGAGGAAGCCAAAGACUUCAUUAGCCGUCUGCUCGUCAAGAGCAAGAGCUGGAGAAUGAGUGCAUCUCAAUCAUUAAAACAUCCUUGGCUGUCAGACAGAGGACUUCACUACCGUCUGCACCAGAAGAAAAACAAGUGCCACUCUUCACAUGCACCUCCUCCAGAGAGUUAA